UAUAAAUCUAAUGUCAAUGUAAUUUUUACAGAUUGUGUCCUCAUUCCAUGGAUCCCUGCGAAUUAAGAAAUUUCCUAUCAAGUAUCAGAUAUUUAGAAUUUUUAUUGAAUCCUGCAAUUCAGAUCAUCCAUAUUGAUUUUCUAUUGUCCACUAUCAAAUCUAUUUCCUCAGAAUCCCUAUUAUCUAUACCUUGGCAUCUUUCUCUCAAAAUUUAACGAAAUACAAAAAUAACAGAAACCAAACCAAGAAAGUUCAUUAUUAAUUACAAAAAAAAAAAAAAACCACAAUUUAAUCGUAUUGCUCAUAAAAUUUUAUGAAAAUAUCUCACGAGAAGAUUCCGUUAUAUGGAACAUCUGUUACGUUCAAGGAUUAUACGACUUUCGUGAACCGUAAGCGAAGAAUGAUGAUCGUUGAAACGUGUUCCAAGGUCUACCGGAUGAAAAGUCGGUUUCAAGGCGGCCUGAUACUGUAUGCGGAGGAUCGUGAUGCCGCGGCGAAAUUCUUGCUGAAUGCCAGGUGAAAUGUCAGUCGAUGCACCCACGUGAUUCGCGGCUAGUCAGUUGCCCGUCUGUUCGCCGGUUACAAUAUUAAAAAGCUGUCGCGCUACUCUCGUGCCAACUCGUGCCUGAUUACAAACCGCGUCCACGCAAUAUUUAACAGGAGGAAAUCGGUUGUCGGUCAAAUCAUUGAUAUAUUAUAUACUAUACCGUUAAACGCAUAAUCACCAUUAGGAAUCAUCGCGCGCGUCUUGGCGAGUGUUUGGCUUAUUAUAUAUUUCGCGUACGAGCGAUUAGUCUUUGCUUUCCGUGCUGUAACGAUUGCUCGACUUGUCUUUUUACUCGCGUAAUGUAUAUUUAUUUGUGAUUUUGAAAAAUUAUAUCAGAUUAAAAUGGAGACCAUGGACGAGUGGUUUUGCGAUGAGGAAUCUACACUCGGUUACGACGAGGCUUGCAUCAAUCUACGAACGAACGACAAGGAUUCGAAUGCCUGGCUCUACCUGCUCUCCGCGGAUUGCGCGCUGAAAAUGAUUUCGUUGCAGUGUCCGUAUACUAGAACCAAGCAGAUCGUAUCAAAUUUAUCUUCCAGCGUGAUAGUCGAUACAGUCAGAUCCACGAGUUUCAGAAUUUUGGAUGCUGAAGAUCCUAACGAAUUUAUAUCCGCAAAAAAUACCAGCAACGUGAUCUGCGAGCUAACACCGAACUUGGGACAGUUCGGCGUAUACGAAUUGUCUGUACAGAAUCGAAGCUGUAAUAUAAAAACUCUGAAUACGCCAACUUAUCCUUACACAGAACUUCUCGUCAUUUUUGGAGUAUUGAUACUCGUUCUAUUCGGUCUUUCUGGCUUAAAAUCGUUAUGGAACGUGUGCAAGAAGAAAUGUAUGAAACGUCAAUUGGAUGAAACUGCGAUGAAACAACCCUCGAAACGUCGAGUGAAGGCGAUCGACACGGUUCGAGGAGCGAGUACAUUAUUGAUGAUAUUCGUGAACGAUGGAUCAGGUGGUUAUAGGAUCCUUGGCCAUGCGACUUGGAAUGGAUUACUUCCGGGUGACUUGCUGUUUCCUUGUUUCAUAUGGAUUAUGGGAGUGUGCAUUCCCAUUGCCAUGGCCAGUCAGAUGAAACGCAUGCAACCGAGACAUGUAAUAUUGUAUGGAAUCAUGAAGAGGAGCAUCCUUAUGUUUUUAAUUGGAUUGUCUCUGAAUACUGUGAGCACUGGUCCUCAACUAGAAACUAUUCGCAUAUUUGGUGUUCUCCAACGAUUUGGCAUUACUUAUUUCAUCGUUGCUCUGAUAUACUUCUGCUUGAUGACAAGAAAACCCAAGAAGACACAAUCUCCAAUGUUAAAAGAAGUGCAAGAUUUUCUUCUGCUUCUUCCCCAAUGGUGUGUAAUGCUGGUGAUUGUGGGCGUUCACUGUGUCAUCACAUUCUGCUUGAAAGUUCCAGGAUGUCCCACUGGUUACCUUGGUCCUGGUGGUCUUCACGAUGAUGCGAAAUAUUUUGAUUGCGUGGGUGGAGCAGCGGGUUACAUCGACAGAAUGAUACUCAAAGAACCUCAUUUGCAUCAUUCAGCCACGGUUUAUAAUUCUGGACCGUAUGAUCCUGAAGGAAUUUUGGGUACUCUCACAACGACAUUCCAAGUUUUUCUUGGCCUACACGCUGGCAUAAUAAUGAUGACUUAUAAAGAUUGGAAAGAACGCGUAAUAAGAUGGUUGGCAUGGGCUGCAUUUUUCAGUUGUAUAGGAUGCAUUCUUCAUUUUAGCAAUAUAAUUCCUGUUAACAAGAAGCUAUGGUCAUUAUCAUUCGUAUUCGUGACAACUUCUUUUUCUCUGGCUUUUCUCUCCGCUUGUUACUUACUCGUGGAUGUCAUUAAAGUAUGGAACGGUGGACCUUUUCGAAUUCCUGGCAUGAAUGGUUUACUGUUAUACGUCGGCCACAUGGUAUGCUACCAAAAUUUUCCAUUCCAUUGGAGCAUCGGUAAUAUGGACAGUCGAGCAUUGCGUUUAUGCGAAGCCAUUUGGGGACCUGGAUUAUGGACUAUCAUUGCAUAUAUCAUGCACAGGAAACGCAUUUAUAUCACUCUGUGAUAAUCUACAUUCCAUAUUUUAUUAUUAUUAGAUCAAGAUAAAUUUUGUCAACGAUAUUUUAAAAGAAAACUAUUUUUCAAUUUUUUAUGUAUUUAUUCUUACCUUGAUGAAAGAUUGUAUCAAAGAUAGACAGACUGAUUCGAAAUGAAGAUUAAAAUGAACUUUACAAAUAAUUUAUUUUACACAACUUACAUAAAUAUAGCACAAUGACAGAUUAGAAGGUAACAUGACGGUAUCCAUAAAAAUACAUCUCGCGUCUUAAUUAGAUAAAAUUUCCUCUCGAACGAAAAUGGCAUACAAUGAAAAUCGAAAUUACGACCAUUUAUUUUUUCAACUCUUCUCAAUCUUUAAAAGUUAAAAAUUGGUCAUGUGAUUUAAUAUAGUUAAUAAACAUUAUUAAUCAAUCGUUUGAACGAUCGAUCGAUCUUCCUAAGAAUCUUUAUCCCCUAACAAUGUGCACACAUAUGGGAUUAGGAAUAAAAAGGAAGAAAUAAAACAAAGAAGAUAGUGAAUGGGGGCAAGACGAAACCUUACAUGGGCGACAUGGGAAAGUUCAGGAAAAUAUCCUACGGUAUCGAUGGUCGUCGUGUAAACGAAUCGUUAUGAAUCGUAAACAAAAUAAAAAAUAAAAAAAAAAAA